AUCACAACCCCUUAAUCAAAACAAUUAUCUUUAUGAUGUAGGUCUUGUAGUUAUUAGCCUGUUUGACUUCUCGUUUGAAUUGAACGGAUUAUAUCCAAACCUCAGUAACUCAAAAAUAAGUAUGCCUAUAAGUAAUGUCAACUUGGAACUAAUGUGUUGUCUUUGUGGAAAGUUCAGGAAUAAAACAGCUCUAUGGUUCUACAAAACAAAACAAAACAAACAAACAAAAAAAACAGCCAGGACAGUACUGUACAAAUGUAAAUAAUUAGCCUUAUAUUUGAAUAGAUGGAAUGUGCUCAUAAAAUAAAUCUGUAUUGAGGGGGUCUGUCUAAUUUAUUUUACAGUUAAAGAUGUAAAAGGUUUGAGUAAAUGCAUUUCAGAUGAGUCUCUACUUCCGGGCGCGGUACAUGACGUAGUUUAAUAUGCGACACCACGAUGUGCCCCGCUUCCUUCUGUUGGUAGUCCGGUGUUGUUACUUUCUCUCUCCACCCGUAUUUCUACAAAUCCCGCCUCCUGCUCUAGGAUUGGCUAAAUAGAGUUGACUCAAAAGGAUUCCUCCAAUUAGACACACAGCCUCCAAUUAGACACAAAUCCUAGCGCAGGAGGCGGGAUGUUAUUUUCCGGAUUGCGAUUAGGGAAAAUAACGCCGGUUACUGGGUGAUACAGCUUGUCUUGUACCCGAGAAACGCUGACACCUCUGGCACUACUGUCAGAGCUGUGCUGUUAUAGAAAAUUAAGCAACACCUUCUGACCAAUCAGAAUCAAGAAAUCAACAGUGCUGUGAUGGAGUCUAAUCAGCAAGAUGAUUUGGAGCCCAGUAAGGAUGACCUGCCUUUGAGAGCUAACACAAAUCACAUCCUGGUCAGACACUAUGUCCUGGACCUCAGUGUCGACUUUCAGACGGAGGUCAUUGGAGGCAGUAUUGUCCUGUUCCUAGAGCCAUGUAGAGGACCCGACAGGACAGGGGUGUUAGACUUGGUAUCCCCGUCCCGGAAAGGCGAUCUAAACUCUCCGUAUGUUCAUGAUGGUGAAAAAGCCAGAGACUUUGCUACAAAUGCACCAGAAAUCAUGGUAUCACAAGGAAGCCAAAAUGAUGCAAGUAACAUGUCAUGGGAUGAUGUGAGCAAAGACUUCACCUUGAUUUUAGAUUGUUGUGACCUGUCGGUGUCCAAGGUGGAAGAAGUGGAUGUAUGUACUGUUUCUGAACUCAGGAAUCUUCUAGAGGUUGAGCAGGUGGCUCUGGACUCCACUCAGGUUUCAUCAUUUGGUUUAGUUCAGAGGCUCAUCUCUAUUCCUUCAGCCAGAUGGAGACAGCAGCAGGAUCUGUAUCUCCAGUGCAGCUGUGCCCGUGCUGUCAGUCAAACUGAGCCUUUACUGUUUCACAUGGACCAGUGGAGCCUUCAGAUCAGGAAGAAGGGGGUUCAAUCCCCUCAUGCCUUCCCUCGUGCACUCAGGAUCUGGUACAAGACAAAGCCCACAGGAGGCUCUGUGAGGUGGACCAAGGACCAGGAUGGUGGGUGCUGUGUUUACAUCAUGGGAUCACCAAUCAAUAACAGGGCUCUCUUCCCCUGCCAAGAGCCACCUGUUGCAAUGUCAACGUGGCGAGCCCAUGUGAAAGCCCCGUGUGAAUAUAUGGUUCUGAUGAGUGGUGAGAAUCAGGCUGUUCCUGUACCCGACGAGACAGGUUUUUUACAAUGGGAUUAUUAUGUUACUAUGCCAAUGCCUGCCUCGACUUUUACUAUAGCAGUUGGUAAGUGGCAGGAAGCCAGAUCAUUGCCUCACAACUAUGAAGAAGGGCAAAGUGAGGAGCCUUGUGCAAAUUCAGACCGCAGAAACUUUGAUUAUCCAGGAAGUUGGCCUGAGAACCAAAGCAGUAAAAACCAAAGCUCACAUUACAAGGAGGAAGAUGAGAAGAAGUUUUGCGCCCAUGUAGAUUAUCCAUGUCGUUUCAUGCACAAAGCAUCUGUUGCCCAGGUAGUCAUACCCCACCGGGUUUUUGCCCCAUCCUGUCACCUGCACAAGGCUGAAUCCACACUCCUGCCUCUUUUGCCCUUCUGUUUGGCUGCUGCUCACUCUGUAUUAGGCAUCCACCCAUUCUCACGCCUGGAUGUGCUCAUUGUUCCUCCAGGGUUCUCCAGUCUGGGCAUGGCCAGCCCGCAUAUCAUCUUCCUGUCCCAGAGUGUGUUAGCGGGUAACAAAAUCCUGUGUGGGACAAGGUUGUGCCAUGAGAUUGCUCACUCCUGGUUUGGUUUAGCCAUCGGCGCACGGGACUGGACAGAGGAAUGGAUCAGCGAGGGGUUUGCUACAUACCUAGAAGACGUGUUCUGGGCCAAACUCCAGCAGUCACAAAUGGGCAGCACUGAGAAUGAGCAGCCGAAGCAACUGAAGGCUCUGCUGCGUUGGAGAAGACUGAAGGAUGAGUUAGAGAACUCUGAAGAGGAGCUGCAGGUCCUUAGGCCCAAUAAGGACACUACAGGAGAGGUCAGCGAGUCUGGAGCCUCCAUCGUGAAGCAUGCCCUUAACCCAGGAAAACCAUUCAUGCAAGUGCACUACCUCAAAGGUUACUUUCUCCUGAUGUUCCUGGCUAGUAAAGUGGGCGAGGAUGAGUUCUUGAGCUUCUUCAGACUUUUCGUGAGAAGAUUUCAUGGGCAGCUUAUUCUGUCUCAGGACUUCCUUCAGAUGUUUCUGGAUACAUUCCCAGCUUUGAAAAGUCAAGGCCUCACUCUUGAAUCUAUUUAUUCAGACUGGCUGGAUACACCUGGAAUUCCGAAGUGGCUUGGUGAAGCCAGCUCGACGUGGUCACACUCUCCGCCAGUCACACAAGUCACAGAGGAGGUUGUAAAAUGGGUGCACCUCAGUGGUGGCACUCGAAAGGGCACCAAGCGGAAGAGAGCGGGGCCCAAGGUGAACUUCAAAGAGUUGAAUCCGUGGCAGUUGGUCCUGCUGUUGGAAUUCCUGCUAGAAGAGACGGAGCUGAGUGCGUCCUGUCUCAGCCUGCUGCAAGCGACGUACAAACUGCGGAACCAGGAUGCUGAGGUGAAACAUCGCUGGUGUGAGCUGGUAGUCAAGCAUAAAUAUGCAGCUGCAUAUAGAGAUGUUGAACACUUCCUCAUUCAUGACCAGGCUAUGGGUGUAUAUCUGUAUGGCGAGCUGAUGCUGCAGGAAGACGGACGUCAGCAAGCUUUAGCACGACACUGCCUGUCAUCCAUCAAAGAUGAUAUGGACCAAUCAGCACGCAAGAUUGUGGAGGAAAUGAUCCUCUAAUUUAGGAAAGGGGCAGGACCCGAUGCAGGCUCUCUUCUUCAGGCUCAGGCUUCCGAGUGUGAAAUCAGCUCAGGCAAAUCCACAGCAGCACACAAGCACUUGACAUCACAGCUAAUCACCACCUUUCUUUUCAAGGAGGAAAAAAUAUAUACACAGGACAACUAAGAAAUUUUUUUUUUUUUUUAGGAGCCCAAGUGGAUCAUUGGCAAUACUAAUGUAAGAGUUCUAGAGUGAAUAAUAUAUAUUUUUAAAGUCAGUGCUGUAUGUUGUUCUGCUCCACUGGAAGAAUUUCACUAGACUACAGCACCCGCAGAAGCAAAUACAUGGUAACAGUUUGUGUUACAAACAUGAAAAGAUGACUCAAAUUUUCAUGCAAAACAUAUAACUAGAAUAUCAACGCUGAGGUUACGAGUAUUUGGAAACACUGAAAGGUCAGUUUCUAGUAUUUAAUGCUGCUUGGUCACUUGAUGCUAUAACUACUGAAAUGCUACUGCUAUACAGCUUUUAUUGUGAAGUUAUUUAAGCACCUUGUCAACUAGGCAAUGCAAUAACUCAUAUUACAAUAGUGCUUCUUUCCAUUGUGACUGCCAGUUAUGUGAUUUCAUUGUCAAUUCUGUUCUUUUUAUAUUAUUUAUGUUUUUUAAGGAUUUUGGAAAUAAAAUGAAAGAUGCUCUA